GUCCGAGUCAGGGGAAUCUACUGGCAAAUGCAAGGAGCUGGUCUAUUGAUUCCCUCGGCAGCUACAGUACAUAUUUUUUCUGAUUUCUUCAAAAUGUACAAAGGUCGAGAGGCCUUGGAGAAGGCGUUGACCAACGCUCCGAUAGAGCAUCUGAAAUGACACAAUGGAAUGUUUUGGAGGCGCUAUGCUUUGUCUUUUUCCAGAGAUUCUCCACCCAACGUGGCUGAGACGAGGGUCGUGCCCAAGGACCGCCUGGUUGUUUACCAAGUCCAGUUGAUAAUGAUACCACCUGCGCAAGUGCAUCCGACGAGUAUUUGAAUAUCCAAACACACGUCAAGGGCCUCAUGCUAGCCUCAAUGUACGCGUUGGCUGAGGCGCUGAGGUGCCGACAUUGAAGAUUUGUUGGCGACCAGAUUGGCUAAAGAGAUGUGCCUUUUCAUCGCACCAUUGAUCUCCCAGGAAUAUUCAGACCAGCGACUUUCUCUACACGGCUUACGUGCAUCAAGAUAUUUCAAACAAGAGACUAGAAUACUGCCGACUCCUUUCACACACUAGUCGGCGUGUAUCAGUGACGCCGUGUCAUCGCGCGCCCAAAGACGCGGUCCUCGAACAAAGAACCUCUCCUGUUUUCGAUGAAAACAAAGAUACCCAAGGAACUGACAGCUUCCCCUGUCGCAAUGCCCGGGACUGCGAUUUGACUCGCGAUCUUAUGCCGCGUUUCAAAAAAGGUUCCUUUGAGACAUGGCUUGGAUAAUGAGAGACUGACGUUUUCGAUCAUUUCUUCAGUGAUCAUCAGCCACGAUGAUCUGAAUGGGUGGAUAAUUAUAGAAAUGAGCUUCAAUCUGAGAAGAGCCAACCACAGGGCCGUCCUGGAUGAUGAUCUCCUGCAGAUCGGGGAUUUCUUUUUUCUGCACUAUACUUGGUCCUAAGCUUCCAACCGCCCAACUACCUUCUCGAAUUGCCAAAGGAUUGUUCGUUGCAUUAUUGGAGCGGGCGGAUGUGACAUUCCACUCAGCCUUCAAACAUGCCCGGUCCACAUUCCAGUCUUAUCUGCGCCCUGGCAUUGGGCAACGCUACAACGGUCUCUUCAGUGUCUCUACGGGAAGAGCGCUGAGCCCUCACAAAUAAUCGAACGGACAAGAGUGGGAGGAUAAGAUCGUGUCAAGAUCGUGUCAAGUGCAGCAGAUCCGCUCGGUACGCUUAGGCAGCCGAAGUUGAGCCAUUGACGAUUAUCUCACCACUGUCAUGACGCAUACACUGCGAGAGGGGGGAGCGAUUCGUGGUGACCCACCCGACCAAAUGUAUGGGCAGUGGGUUCCUCCUGGGCGGCUCGGCGAGUCCCCCGACCCAUUGCUUUACACUCUGAUCUGCCACCCUAGGAGGACGAUUUUAAUGGAGGGUGUUGAUUUGACAUGCCUAGUCCCUCUAUUUUACCCCACACCCGCCACGAUGACUUAUUCAAGUCCCUGCUUCUGGCUUAGUGAGGUAGGGUUGCAUUCCCACGGGUGGCUAUCCGAACGAACAUCCACUAUGGGGGUGGAACACCGUUUGGGAGGUGCCCGUAGCCCGUCAGACAUCUGGGCCUUACGAUUGGUCUCUCUUGUUUGAGGGAGCCCUCUGGCAUUCCUCUGGAGACUGGUGGAGCCGAUGAUGGGCCAACCGGGUCAUUCGCAGCGCAUUCUUGACACUUCUUGGCCAGUUCUUGGGAAUGUAUGCAGAAAGUCCGAGGGCUGGGGACUGUCGCCAGGCCUUCAAAUAGUCGCCUCGAGCUGUUUGUUUGCUUUGCUUUCUUUGCAUACUCAGCAGUGUUUUCAUCAGUUGUCAAACAGUCAAACAACGGUAUUUUCGGUUUGCACUUUUGCUUCUUUGCAUUUGCACCCUUUGCAUUCGAUCGUUCUUGCAUCGCAUACUACCCGGGCGAUCUCCGCAGAUCUCCGAUUUCUCCGCCUCUCGCCAGCCCUAAUCAAAUCAGGACGUCCUUCCCGCUCAGCCGCGGUUCGUUCGAUUUCUUUGGUUGCCAAUCAUCGUCUGUCCUGCUGCUCACCUGCCGUCGCCGCAAACGGAAAUUCAAAGCAAGAUGUUCGCUCAGCCAUUCGAUCACUCUUUCAAUGAUCUAUUCAACCAAUACGUCAAUAUGGAUACUUCAGCCCCCGAUUGCAAAGAUCCCAUGCUCUCGAGUCAUUUUGACCAGCUCUUCCCGCUGGACUCUCUAUCAAGUGAUUGUGGCGAUCUCUCCCCCACCGUCUCCACUUUGAAACGCCAUCGUCAGUCGCCGCAACCUUGGACUCAAGACUGGUCCCUGCAGGACGACAGCUCGGCGGGUGAUCAGUUCGUCUUUCAAGACACCGUUCACCCCUCUGCCAUCUCAGAGUUGAGCUUGAACAACUUUGAAGCCUCGUCCCGUCCUGCUGUUCCUACCCGCAUUCCUGCUGCUUCUCCCUCUACUCCUCCGGCUACUCCUCAGCGCAAGGCAAACAAGAGUGCUCUCGUUACCCCCAAGUCUAUCCGCCAUCGUGAUCCGAAUGAGCGUCGUGCGCUCCUGCGCAAGCAAAGUUUCUCCCCUAGCUUGAUGCGAUCUUCUAUCCAAAAAGGAAGAAUGGCGUAUCCAGAGGCCUGGGCCCAGAGAAUCCAAAACUUCACCCUGACUGGCUCUGAUGAUCGCCUUCCUUUGUCUCCCCCGCCUUCCGAUGUUCUGAUCCAACACGAGAACUUGUCUGGCGAGACCACCACAAUGAAUCACCCUCGAAACUCUGCAGAGAUGGCUGCGCAAUAUGAUGCCCGCCUCUUCCACCAAUCUCCAGCGGUCUCUAUGCCGUCUCCUUCGGCUAGCGCCCUUGCCCGUCAUCAGCAACAGUAUAUAAAUCACCAUGGCUCCUCGGCUUUGACCAAUUCGAGCCCUCCUUCUGCAGAUGAAAUCUUCUCUUCAUCGCACUCCUCAGAUCCCCACUCUCUCUCCUCAUGGCAAUCAGACUCCCUCGCCACCUCUCUCUCCUUCACUCCCGAUCUCCAGAGCCACGACGCACAAUGGUGGUCUCCCAUGCCCUCUCGGGUCGCUCAACAACAGACCAACUACCAGACUAUGGUCACAUCACCCGCACCUCAACGCUCUUUGCAAACCGUUGCGGCUCCCAAUGACAUGAUGCAAGGAGGACUGAUGAUCCAAAUGGAUCCCUCUUUUGACAUGCCCGGUGAAUCCUCCAUGCUACCCAUGAACAAUCAGAAGUUCAUGACUCCUUUCACCGCUCCCCAAGUACACAACAUCUCCCGCUCCCCAUCACUCUCCCCUACGGCUCGCUCUUCACCAAAGGAUAUUCGCAAUGGUGUCAAGGGGAAUCACAGCCGCAAGCACAGUCGCAAACUCUCGGGUCAAAGUAUGACUGCACCCAAGCCUGCAAAGAGCUCCACCAGCCCCCGUGGAGCAAACAAGUCUGUCAGUGUAUCAUUUGUCAACUUCACCGCCCAUGACAGCAAAAAGAUCCUCACCGGUGUCGCUCCCUCUGGUAGCUCCAAGACGAAAGCUCGUCGGGAGCAGGAGGCUAAGGACCGACGCCGCAAAUUGAGUGAGGCUGCCCUUCGUGCCGUUCGCAAUGCCGGCGGUGACGUCGAGGCCUUGGAAGCGGUGUUGUGUUGAACUGCAUAUUUCUUUUCCUUUACAUUUUUGAUUGUUUUAAACCGCCUUGAUAUCUCUGUACGUUAUAGCCGGUGUUUUUGUGGGAUCUUUUGUAUCAUUGGGAAUAUAUUUUUUUGAAGGUCCGGUUUGGUGUUCGGUUUAUUUCUCACUGUGUUUUCAGCUUUGGUCUUUGGGUUACACCCCCAAAUGUUAGAUUAACUCUAUAUAAUGUUUACACACAUUCAUUCGAUGUCUAAUAUCAAAAGAUU